GAGAGUUGGUGAAGAUGGCGCCUGUUGUGACAGGGAAAUUCGGGGAGCUCCCUCAGCCAAAGCGUUUAACGAGAGAGGCGAUGCGCAAUUACUUGAAAGAGAGAGGAGAUCAGACAGUGCUCAUACUGCAUGCAAAAGUCGCACAGAAAUCGUACGGCAAUGAAAAAAGAUUCUUCUGUCCUCCACCUUGUGUGUACCUGAUGGGUUGUGGCUGGAAGAAAAAGAAGGAACAGAUGGAGAGAGAGGGCUGCUCAGAGCAGGAGUCUCAGCCUUGUGCCUUUAUCGGUAUUGGAAACAGUGAACAAGAGAUGCAGCAGCUCAACUUAGAGGGCAAGAAUUUUUGCACAGCAAAAACAUUAUACAUUUCUGACUCGGACAAACGAAAGCACUUCAUGCUGUCGGUGAAGAUGUUCUAUGGGAAUAGCGCAGAUAUUGGAGUCUUCCUCAGCAAACGCAUCAAGGUCAUCUCCAAACCUUCCAAAAAGAAACAGUCGCUGAAGAAUGCAGACCUGUGCAUAGCUUCUGGGACGAAAGUGGCUCUUUUUAACCGCUUGCGGUCUCAGACUGUCAGUACACGGUACCUUCACGUGGAGGGAGGAAACUUUCACGCCAGCUCACAACAGUGGGGUGCUUUCUACAUUCAUCUAUUGGAUGAUGAAGAGUCAGAGGGAGAAGAGUUUACAGUCAGAGACGGUUACGUCCAUUACGGUCAGACGGUAAAGCUGGUGUGCUCGGUUACCGGCAUGGCUCUACCGCGACUGAUAAUUCGUAAGGUGGACAAGCAGACGGCGCUAAUGGAUGCUAAUGAUCCUGUGUCCCAACUACAUAAAUGUGCCUUCUAUCUUAAAGACACAGAGAGGAUGUACCUCUGCCUUUCACAGGAGAGGAUAAUACAGUUCCAGGCCACACCCUGUCCCAAAGAAACGAACAAAGAAAUGAUCAAUGAUGGGGCGUCAUGGACAAUCAUCAGCACAGACAAAGCAGAGUACACUUUCUAUGAGGGGAUGGGCCCUGUACCCUCACCUGUCACACCUGUGCCUGUUGUUGAGAGUUUACAGCUGAAUGGAGGAGGAGAUGUUGCCAUGCUGGAGCUGACAGGCCAGAACUUCACGCCUAACCUCAGAGUCUGGUUUGGAGAUGUGGAAGCUGACACUAUGUACAGGUGUGGCGAGAGCGUGCUCUGUGUGGUCCCUGACAUCUCGGCAUUCCGUGAGGGGUGGCGUUGGGUUCGUCAGCCAGUGCAGGUUCCCGUAACUUUGGUCCGUAAUGACGGCAUCAUCUACUCCACGGCUUUAACAUUUACCUACACACCAGAGCCAGGACCACGCCCUCACUGCAGCGCCGCUGGUGCCAUACUGCGCACCAACAGCAACUCCUCACCAUCAUCUUCAUCCUCCAGCCUACUGCUUCAGACAGCCAUCGACAGCCAGGCAGGAUAUGCAGCUGGGAGCGUGACUUCCUCUUCCUCGGCUAUGUCUGUUUCCUAACCUGGGGAUCUUCAGGUUUGGUUGCGUGAGUGUGUGUGUGUGUGUGUGUGUGUGUGUAAGUGAGCCUGCUUAAGAGAUGGUGGUUUCGUCAGCUCUUAGACUCUCCUGCAACAAUUCAUGGGAUAAGGAUCUCAAAUCAUGGAAAAUGGUGCCACAGAGAGAGACGCAAAAGAGAGAGAUAAGACUUCACAAAAGACUGGACAGAAUAAAUGAAGAUGUCUCUCUUCUGUUCUCUCUCUGUCUUUCUUUAUUGCGGUUCUUUUUCUAUCUGUUUCCUCUCGUUUGAGGAUUCGGCAACAGAAUUGAUGCGUGCCAUGGAUCAAGAUGACACAGGAUCAAUGCAUUAGCCUUAAAUGAAAACAAAAAAACAAUCAGUCGCAGAAGACACUUUCUCUUCAGAUCAAAGCCUCUUCUGUAUGUAAGCUUUGAGAGAUUUUGUUUUCUACUAAAAGGCUCAAUGCACUGUUUUUCCAGGCUUGAAGAAGAGUUAUCAUAGUAAUAUAGUUUUUACGGACCAAGAAUUAUUAUUAUUAUUUUCUUUUUAAUUGAUAUGUAAUUUUAUAAGCUUUAGCUAAGGUACAUUUUUCACCUUUUUCAGUUUUAUAACAUAUAGUAAACUUUUGUUACCAAAUAGUUUUGUAUAUUUCUUGUGAGCGUUUGGGCUCAGAAGGAAAAGGUUCAUGCCUUUUGAAAGGUUGAACUCAUAGCUGCCUUUUGCUUGUCUUGGCAAAUGCCUUAUAUCUUCUGGAGUUUUACCUGACCUUUUUUCUCUUUUGUAAUAACAUUUGUAUGUCAUGUAUUUUGGUCUUAUUUUUCCCCCACUAAACUCUGAGGUGUAUACAAUAUUGAUGCCGUUUUUGCGUAUUUGGGAGACAGUGGCUCUUCUUGAUUGUUUUUUUGGUUUUUUACUUUCUCAUAUGAAGUCCUUAACACAAAAGCUUUAACUGACUUUGCCAGUUGGCCUUACAUGCCAUAUCUUACUCCUCAGAAACAAACUGCCACUGACCUCUGGUCCUUUUUCUUUGGCUAUAGAUGUUCAAGCUGCCAACACAAUGGCAGCAAUUUCUAAUUUAGAUAUAUAAUCACUCAAAGCCUUUGGUGGGGAAGAUCAGUAUUGAUCUGGUUUGCAAAUCAUUCAAUGCCAUGUCUUUUAUUUAUAAUAUCAAACUGAAAGCAACAUGUAGGCAAAAUGCUGCUUUGUAGUCAUUUGGAUCAUAUCAUGAGGAAAAGAGGUUUUGGGUGAUGGACCCUUGAUGCUAUAACAACAAAAAAACAAUUAUUUCCCUGUGAGGGAACUGAUCUUGCACCCUGGAAUAAUGUUGAGAUUGUUUAUGCAUUUUAAAGCCCCUCACCCCCCAACAAAAAAGUAAUUCUAAAGAAAUUAAUAUUAAAAAGUGUUUUUAUUGCCUAAGAAUGCCAUCUUCUUGCACAUUGUCAUUGUAUGCAACAUAGGGAUGCCGGUUUGAAUAUUGGUGUCGCAGUGUGAACAUGAAACGUUUGCGAAUUUUAAAGUGAGUGCUGAAACCAUAUAGAAAACAAGUAGAAGUAGGAGUGCUGCAAGUAUAGCCAUUACUGGUUUUGCCAGUCUAGGAAUGAAUGGAAAACAAGAAAAAGCACUUGUUGCAUUGCAGCGCAAAGAUGUUUGAGGGUGGUUUGUAGAUCACAGAUUCUUAUCCAACCAUUCAUGUGUGACAGCCCAAACUGCUACAAACAAACGCUUUCUUUUUAAAAUGGUUAAGGUGUUUCAUUGUGAUGUCAUGUCACAUCUUCAGUUUUUGAUGUGCUUUUUUUCUCUUUUAUUUUAUUUUUUUUAACAGAUUUACGCUUUAUUAAUAUUUAGUACCAAAGUUCACUUUUUUUAAUAGCUGUAGUCUAAAGCAAACCUUAAACCAGGCCUUAAACCACUACUUCAAGUAAUUACUGGAACUGAUGGUUUAUAACACUAAAAAUUAUAUCCUUUUGUAAAGAGGGGAAGAACAUUAGUUUCUGCCUUUUUAAGGAUAGAUCACAGACCACGUGGAAAUCUCAAGAGUCCGCUCUUUGUUUUUUGUUUUUUUUGUUUUUCCCCCAAGUCUGUUUAGACUCCAUAUGCAUCAUCAUAAUUUUGUAAGGGGAACUUGUACAAUAACAUGCUCUUGAUUUUGCUUUCAAUUGGAAUGGGCUGUAUUUUGUUUCUUUUGUAAUUAUAAAGGAACAGCAAAGGUUGUUCCUCUGUGAUUUUUGUUUUCCAGUUGUAUCAUGAAUAAUAUUGGUAUAAGAUUCUAAGUCAAAAUAAUAUUAUAUCUAAACAUUAAUAUUCUAUGUUAUUAAAAUUGUUAUAUUAAUGUUUAAAUAUUAAUAUUAAAUAUUUCUUCUUUGAUUGAGGGACAUUUUUAUUUGUUGCAUUUUUGGAAAGAAGCCUUUGGUUAAAGGUCUGCAUUAGAAAUGGUCACUUAUGUAAGACAUAAAAGCUAAAACCAUGCAUGCACAAAGCCUUUACCUAGUAUCUAUUGUGAGCUGUUUUCAAUCCAUUCCUCAAUCAGGGAAAAAUAUUAAACUAUCAUUUGCAAGCACAGAAAUGGAAACUGACAUAUCUAAAGUUCAAAUUGUGUAGUCACACAUUACCUUUCUAUGUGUUUUCAGUGUUAUUUCCUCUUCCUCCUCCAGUUGUCUUCCAGAAUAUUCUGAACACAGAGGACUGGCUAAUUGGUUGAUUUUAAUACUAACCGUGUUGAGUUUCAUCAUCUCUGUUAUGUAAGUUGGAUAGUUUCCUGUCAUCUGUGCCUCUUUACUUCCACUGAGCAGAAACUAGUGAAUUUAGAUCACUUUCCUUUGUCAGUUUUGUCUAUAGAAAAGGUGAGUUGGUAUGCUUUCUCAACCAUUACAAUUAAUUGUUUUACAUUUGGAUGUUAACCAGCCAUUGCAAAGUGUCUGCGAGCCGUUUUGGUUUUGAGUGCAUGCUGUCUAGCAGAUUUGAACUGUAUUGGUGCUGUUUAGCUCUUAAAGGGCCAGUGUGUCUGUUUCUUUUGAAAUGGAUCACUAAACACAGUAAUAGAUGCAAAAAGUGUAAUAUGAGUGCAAUGAGAAAUAGAAAACCUAUUGUUCUAGAAAUUGUAGAUCAAACAGAAUAUGAGAAUUCUAAAAAUAUUAGGCUGAAAUUGAUAACAUCUUUAAACAAUGCAGAAAAUUGUUCUGCCCGUGGUAAAUCCAUUAAAGAUGUGCUCUACAUGCAUAUUAAUUAUAUUAUUACUAUGUAUAAUUUAUAUCAAAUCUUUCAACAAAUGGUUUAUUGAGUAGUAUGUUGUUAUAUGUUGCAUGUUUAAUCCAGUGAGUGGCAUAUUAUCAUGCUGGAAAUAUAUUGGGCGGAUUAGGGUCGGAUGUUCCAGUGGAUAAACUGUGCUGCCUCUUUAAAGGAAUAUUUCAGGUUAAUUUCAAGUUAUGCUGAAUUGACAGUAUUUUUGCAUAAUGUUGAUUACCACAAAACUUAAUUUAGACUUAUACCUCUUUUCCUAAAAAAAUGAGACACUCAAUGGAAGUGAAUGGGACAAAUCUGUAAACAUUAAAAUACUGUUUAAAAAUUAUAGCUACAAGAUAUAAACAAUGUGCAUGUUAAUGUUGUUAUAGUGUGAUCAAAUUAUUUAAUAUAUAGAGGCAUACAUAUGAUGAUGAUGAAGAGAGUUUGCUUUGAAUUACAAUGACAGACACCUGUCACUUGUGCAUGCUCCAAGAGCCAAACGUUUCCCCCAACCCACGGCCCAGUUUUUAUUUUUAGACCAUAUGGGUGGUAGAGGUGUAACUUGAAGCCUUCUUUCUGUUGCUGUUUCAGAGUAUGUGAGUCCUCAAUUAAUUAUGUAAAUACGAUAGGGCUCAAAAUGUGAUCCUGAGGUCAAGGAUUGUGUGUAGAUGUAUGUAGAAGUGAGAA